AUUGGCCUUCUUCCUCAACUCCAUAUCCAUUCCAUUUGUUUCCAUUUGAUUUGUAGAGAGAGAGAGGGAGAGAGCAAGAGUGAGAGAAAGUGAGGGAAUUUUUUUACCGCCACUCAUAGAGAGAGAGAGAGAGAGAGAAGCAACAAUGGCGGUCUCUCUGAGAAAUUUCGCUGCUUGCUCGUUGCUGGUUCUAACGCUCUUCGUCGUCGUCGUCGGUGUUUCUAGACCUGUAAUGGCGAAAGAUGAGAUUCAACAGUCUAGUGUCGGAGACACAAUGCAGUUGCAGAGCUUGAAUAACUCAACAAUGGCUAAUAGGUCAAAUGAAGAAGCAGAAGUCCGGAAUGAGCAUGCUGCUGUGCAAGAUCCCGAAAUGGUCGCUUCCAUGGUUGACAUGAGCAUUCGCAAUAGCACCAAAAGGAGGAAGUUGGGAUUCUUUUCAUGUGGAACUGGCAACCCUAUUGAUGACUGCUGGCGUUGUGACCCCAAUUGGCAACGCAACCGUAAGCGUCUAGCUGACUGUGCCAUUGGCUUUGGGCGCAACGCCAUUGGUGGCCGUGAUGGAAGGUACUACGUUGUCAGCGACCCAACUGAUGACGAUCCUGUAAAUCCCAGACCCGGCACACUACGCCAUGCUGUCAUCCAGGACAAGCCUCUAUGGAUUGUGUUCAAGAGGGACAUGGUGAUCACACUGAAACAAGAGCUUAUUAUGAACAGCUUCAAAACAAUUGAUGCCCGUGGAACCAAUGUCCAUAUUGCCAAUGGGGCUUGCAUAACAAUCCAAUAUGUCACGAAUGUCAUUAUUCAUGGUCUCCAUAUCCAUGACUGCAAGUCCACGGGCAAUGCCAUGGUUCGAAGCUCCCCAACUCAUUAUGGUUGGAGGACAAUGGCUGAUGGUGAUGGCAUUUCCAUUUUUGGAGCAAGUCACUUGUGGAUUGAUCACAAUUCUCUCUCUAACUGCGCUGAUGGCCUUAUCGAUGCUAUUAUGGGAUCAACUGCAAUCACCAUCUCUAACAAUUACUUCACCCACCACAAUGAGGUGAUGCUAUUGGGACACAGUGACUCCUAUACAAGAGACAAGAUCAUGCAGGUAACCAUUGCGUACAACCAUUUUGGAGAGGGGCUUAUCCAGAGAAUGCCAAGGUGUAGGCAUGGGUAUUUCCAUGUGGUGAACAAUGAUUACACUCACUGGGAAAUGUAUGCUAUUGGUGGCAGUGCCGAACCCACGAUUAACAGCCAAGGGAACAGAUACCUGGCCCCUGCCAACCCUUUUGCUAAAGAGGUAACCAAGAGAGUGCAGCUAGACAACGGUAGAUGGAAGAACUGGAACUGGAGAUCAGAGGGAGAUCUUUUGCUCAAUGGAGCCUACUUCACUCCAUCAGGAGCCGGUGCUGCAGCCAGCUAUGCUAGGGCCUCAAGCCUAGGGGCCAAGUCCUCCUCCAUGGUGGGCACCCUUACUUCUGGAGCUGGCGUUCUUAAUUGCCGAAGGGGCAUGCAAUGUUAGUCACAACAUCAUUGAAGGGGGGAAAAAUUUUUCCCCUCCCUGUUGAAUUGUUACAGCUAUACCAAGUCAGUUUCCAACAAUUUCUGUUUUCUACCCUUGCUCUAUAUAUGUCCCUUCUGAUGAUAUUCGACAAGUGUAUAUUUUUUUUUCUUAACAUUCGUCGUAAUGCCAUCACACCAAUGUAUUGUACCUUUGUCCUAGUGGCCAUUGAUCAACCUCGGCUUGCUUCAUGUCGAGAAAAAUUGACAAUAUCUGGAGCAGGUGCGGAAGUGUUGUUCCUUUCUUCGUCAAAUUCAUCCUGUCUCUUCAAAAAUCAUCCAUUUGUUUUUCCACUGAAUUAGUAUUGGUUUGAUCUCUUGUCUCCUUCCAGUUAAGUCACAAGCAUAGUAAGUAGAGAAAAAGAAAAAGAGAAAAACAAACGAUGAAUUUCAUUGUUGCCUUUUUUCUAUUAUAAAUGUUGUUUAGGAUCAAAGUCUUCUGUUGCUAUCCUUUUGUUUCUGUAAUUAUAAUUCGCAGUUUCUGUUCGUGUUUGUGUUUGU